UACCGGAAAGUAUCUGCGGCUGCGUCGUCGCACAGCGUAUGCGAGCGAGUAAAGAAGUCGAGUGGGAGAGGCAAACCAUAAAAACCGCAUUCAAACAAAAUGGCAGGAUUGCCCCGCAGGAUUAUUAAGGAAACUCAGCGCUUGCUGGCUGAGCCUGUACCUGGGAUAAAAGCAGAACCAGAUGAAAGCAACGCACGCUAUUUUCAUGUAGUCAUUGCAGGCCCACAAGAUUCCCCUUUUGAGGGAGGGACUUUUAAACUUGAACUAUUCCUUCCUGAAGAAUAUCCUAUGGCAGCUCCAAAAGUACGUUUCAUGACCAAAAUAUAUCACCCUAAUGUAGACAAAUUGGGAAGAAUAUGCUUAGAUAUUUUAAAAGAUAAGUGGUCCCCAGCCUUGCAGAUCCGUACAGUCCUGCUAUCAAUCCAGGCUUUAUUAAGUGCUCCCAAUCCAGAUGAUCCAUUAGCAAAUGAUGUAGCGGAGCAGUGGAAGACCAACGAAGCUCAAGCCAUAGAAACAGCUAGAGCAUGGACUAGGCUAUAUGCUGUCAACAAUAUUUAAACAGAAUCCCAAGUCAAGUGUGAAAACGUCUCCUUCUGUUCUGCCAAGAUCUCUUCAUUCUUCGUUUGCAUUUAAGGACAGUCUUAGGGGGAUAAAAACUAAAGAAAAUUUAACCAACCAGACAACAUCAGUCCUUUGGUGAUUUAAAUGCACAUUAGCAAAAAUUUGUCUUGUCCUUAUUCAUUUUACAGUGCAUGAGCAGAGGCAAGAAAGUACACCACUUGUAAUUUUAUUGAUUUUUUUUUUUUUAAAUAAUUGUUUUUUUUUUUUUUUCUCUCUCUCUGAAAUGUUGUCCUGCCUCUGCCUUAAUUUGCAUAUAACUGGUAUUGUCUGACUGCACAAGCACUGUGAGUGAAGGUAGGCAGAGUUGACCACGGGCACAGUGUUGUUUUAAGUUGCUUUUUUUGUUUUGAUAAUGCUAAUGGAGUUGUUAUACAGCUAACUUGAACAUGUUAGGUUUUGCCCUUUAGCCAGGUCUGGUUAACCUUUUAGGAGCUAUACAUUGGAAUCCUUGAAUUUAAAAUAAUGACAAACAAGAUAAAGGAAAGAAAAGCUUGGCUUUAAAAAUCCAUUCAAAAAGAAAAGCCAUCAGUAUCAAUUUUGUGACUGCUGUUGAGUGUAGAUCUUGCAAACGGCUUGUGACUUUUGUAUGGCUUGUCUGGGGGGGAAAAAAUCCUGUAAAUCUUAUGUUUUAGUAAAAUAUUUUUGUUGUUAUGCUAUUUGGUCUUAGUAUUUUAUUUUGCCUGCUGAAUUCAUUCUUAACUGUCAUUGCUAUACAAUUUGGUUCUAAAGGCCAUAAUAUAAGUUGGAAAUGCGUAGCACAUCACAGAUGGAUUUUCUUAUUUUAUUUACUAUAAAAUUUGAAGCUACAAAUUUAAAAUGUCAGCAAUACCUGGAAAGAUCUAUAAUGAGACUGAUGUUAUCUAAAGCCUUUCUCCAUGUGUAAAGGACGUUGCUACUAUCUUGACUGGUGCAGGAAAAGGAUGUAAGAAGUUAAUGAUUGUAAAUUCAUACAUUUCUAUCCAUACAGGAGAUAACUGUUUCCUACUGUUAUGAGUAAAGCAUCAAUCCACCUUCAUAUUUUUGUUCUUUCUGUAAAUAAACUGUUGAUUAAUAAUA